AUGUUCAUAAAUCGAUGAUUAUUCUCUACAAACCACAAAGAUAUCGGUACCCUCUACCUAUUAUUUGGUGCAUGAGCUGGAAUGGCUGGCACUGCCCUCAGCCUACUGAUCCGCGCGGAAUUAGGCCAACCAGGCACCCUACUAGGAGACGACCAAAUCUAUAACGUAAUUGUCACCGCCCAUGCAUUCGUAAUAAUCUUUUUCAUAGUAAUACCUAUCAUAAUUGGAGGCUUUGGAAACUGAUUAGUACCCCUAAUAAUUGGAGCUCCCGACAUGGCAUUCCCCCGAAUAAACAAUAUGAGUUUCUGACUUCUACCACCUUCUUUUCUACUACUACUAGCCUCUUCUCUAGUUGAAGCAGGCGCAGGUACCGGAUGAACGGUCUACCCUCCCCUAGCAGGUAACCUAGCCCACGCAGGAGCUUCCGUGGACUUGACCAUUUUCUCUCUUCACCUGGCGGGAGUAUCAUCUAUCCUAGGAGCUAUUAACUUUAUUACUACCAUUAUCAACAUAAAACCCCCCGCCAUAUCCCAAUAUCAAACUCCCCUGUUCGUAUGAUCUGUACUAAUCACAGCAGUACUACUUCUGCUAUCCCUACCAGUCCUAGCAGCUGGCAUUACUAUAUUGCUUACAGACCGGAAUCUAAACACAACCUUUUUCGAUCCAGCCGGAGGGGGUGACCCUAUCCUAUAUCAACAUCUAUUCUGAUUCUUCGGACACCCAGAAGUAUAUAUCCUCAUUCUACCAGGAUUCGGAAUGAUCUCACACAUCGUCACUUACUAUUCAGGAAAAAAAGAACCUUUUGGCUAUAUAGGGAUGGUUUGAGCAAUAAUAUCCAUUGGCUUCCUGGGCUUUAUCGUAUGAGCACAUCACAUAUUCACCGUAGGAAUAGAUGUUGAUACACGAGCAUAUUUCACUUCAGCCACUAUAAUCAUCGCCAUCCCCACAGGGGUCAAAGUAUUCAGCUGAUUAGCUACUCUGCAUGGCGGUAACAUCAAAUGAUCUCCUGCCAUACUAUGAGCUUUAGGAUUCAUCUUCCUAUUUACAGUAGGAGGUCUCACAGGUAUUGUGCUAGCGAAUUCAUCACUGGAUAUCGUCCUCCACGACACAUAUUACGUAGUAGCACACUUCCACUACGUUCUAUCAAUAGGAGCAGUAUUCGCUAUCAUGGGUGGGUUUGUCCAUUGAUUCCCCUUAUUUUCAGGAUUUACGCUCGACGGUACCUGGGCAAAAAUCCACUUCACGAUUAUAUUCGUUGGAGUCAACAUGACAUUCUUCCCACAACAUUUCCUAGGACUAUCCGGAAUACCACGACGAUAUUCUGAUUACCCAGACGCCUACACAACAUGAAAUACAAUCUCCUCUAUAGGUUCAUUCAUUUCACUCACGGCAGUAAUAUUAAUAAUCUUCAUGAUUUGAGAAGCCUUCGCAUCUAAACGAGAGGUAGAGGCGAUUGAAUUAACAUCGACUAAUAUGGAAUGACUCCACGGAUGCCCUCCUCCUUAUCACACAUUCGAAGAACCCACCUAUAUUGUAUUGAAAUAA